GAACUUGCGGCGAGUCGGGGGUGUGGUAAUAUUGGAAACAAUGGAUGAAGACAAAAAAAGAUAAUAUCUAAUAUUUUGCAGUUUACACGAGACCAAGUGCCUGUUUCUUCCGUUUUGUACGGCCAUCGGACGGGAUAUGCAUUGUUUUGAAAGUGAAUUUAAAUAAAAGAGUUACAGUAAGAAUCACGCUUGAAAAUACAUUGCAAUCAAUCUGUAAGUUUGUUAGCUAGGCUAUAUGAACCCGACUGACACUGAAUUUAGUUUCAGGGCUGUAUUUUCCAGACAAGACUUUUCUGGAUUUUUCCUGUUAACCGCCCAGUUUAGCAUCCAGCUGCUACAAAAAGCAAACAUUUUAAGGUUGAGCACAGGCAUUCUUGGAGACCGCCUUAUUUAAGAUAAAGGUUUCACCUCUGAGAGGAGCAUCACAGACACACUUCAAGAGCAGCUGGAGUUUGCAUCAUGGCGGGGGUCCGUCCAUACGGCUGCUUCACUCACGCCGUGGUUCGCGGCAUCCCCGAGUCCUUUGGGCAGACAGCGGAGGGGGGUGACACUGGAAACGUUCAGACGGACCUGGCCAAGGCACAGCGGCAGUUUGGGGUCCUGAUGGGGGCGCUGAGGCAGAAGGUGGGGCUCCAGCUGAUUGAGAUCCCACCGGAUUCGCAGCUGCCUGAGAGCUGGCGCGUGGAGGACGUGGCUGUGAUCCAGGGCGACACGGCCCUCAUCACGCGGCCCUGGAAGCAGCAGCGCUGCAGUGAGGCCGAGGCAGUGAGGCGCGUUCUGUCAGAGCUGAACCUUACUGUCGUGGAGAUGGGGGAGGAGGAGGGGGCCACGCUGGAGGGCAGUGACGUGCUCUUCACGGGCAAGGAGUUUUUUGUGGGAAUCUCCUCCCACACCAACCACAGAGGAGCUGAGUUCCUGGCGGACACCUUCAGAGAUUUUGCCGUCUCCACCGUCCCAGUUUGUGGGGGGGGUCGACUGAAGAACCUGUGCUCUAUGGGAGGUCCAGACACCAUAAUUAUCAGCAACAGUGAGGGGGCCAAGAAGACGCUCAAGAUGAUGGAGCAGCUGACUGAUCACCAUUACGAAGUGCUCACUGUCCCUGAGGACGCCGCUGCCAGCUGCGUCUACGUCAGAGGCCCCUCCCAGGUGGAUUUCCUGCUGCACCCUCCCAGUGACGAGUGUCCCAACAGCAUUUCUGCCUUCCAGAAGCUGACUGACUACACCCUCCUUCCAACGGCCUGCAGUGAGGCCUCCAAGCUGGGGGGGUCACUGUCAUCCUUCUGCCUGCUUAUCAAUCGCAAACCACAGCUAUAACUGCAAGCCGGCCUCUCCUCUUUGUCCUCCUCCUCCCAUGUUUCCCUCCUACCCCGCCUAAAGGCAUUCUGGGAUACUGACAGCUGAGGUCGCAGGCAUCGUUACAUCAUUGUAUCAUGCAAUCACAGAAGUAAUUGUACAGAUACUAGUUAAGGGCACAUGGUUUAGACACACAAACUUGGAAAGACUUAAAGGUGCGAGUUAAAGGAUUUAGCAGACAAAUCAUGUUUGUCUCUUUCUGUUUUAUAGUACUUACAUGAAAUAUAACGUGUAACAUCUGCAUUUGAAUAAUAUGUAAAGAAAGGCAUUUGGCCACCUAAAAAUAACUAAAGUGCAGUAAUAUUGAUUAGGUAAAAUGCAGAUGUAAAGGGAAAUUGCAGAAAGAUGUUUUGCUUUAAACUACGGAGGUCAAUGGGUCCUGGCCUGUAGCAUCCAUGUGCUCUACUAACAUUAGCAGUGUGUCAGUGAGCCCUGCACUGCCUUAACAUUUACUCUUUGUCUUAUUGACUAAUCCAUUCACUGCACACCUGUGUUCAGUACCGUCGCCUCUGCCCUAAUUUCCCUUUAAUGUGUGACACGGGGGUGCGAGUAAGAUGGGAUGGAGCCGAAGCCUGUUUGAGUCACCUGUCAUCCUGUUUCCUCGCACUGUGAUUCUAGCUGUGAUUUGUUUCAUAGGAGUGUUUUGUGACUCUUAGUGGAAAUUAGCACUUUUCAUACAUACAAACGGGAUGGUAGUGAGAUUCAGAAAGCCAGCCGCUGCAUUCACACAGUAGCUUAAAUAUAGAAAGCUGGGUAACGUACCAUUUUCCUUUCACACCUUGUAUUCACGUUUCCAUAAUCUGUUGCCUCUGCAGUGUCUCAUUACAGCUCACAGUGUGUUUGAUACUAGAUGCUUUAGCAGAGACUGGGAGAUGCACCACUGUUCUCUCCAGUGUUUUUUACACUAUAUUUUGUAGCGAGUUGUUUGUAUGUGAUGUUUUCAGUUCCUAUUUGAUGCAGGCUUUUCCAGAUAAAUGACAUGCAAUAA